AGGUCAUCUAAAGCGUGGACGACUUGUGAUGGUACAAGUCCACAUCACGGGAGUAAAGAGCAAUCUUAUUAAGUAUGAAUGACACCAAGGAAGGAGACGAAAAGGUUUUUAUGGAUAAUCUAACGUCUGUAAAAGAAGGGAAAGCAGAAGCCUUUUAUCCCAAAGCUGUGUUCUAUAACCCUGUUCAGGAGUUUAAUAGAGACCUAACAGUUGCAGUCAUCUCUGAGUUUUCACAGGAAUACAUUGCAAAGAAAAUAGAACAAGCCAAGAGAAAGGGUGCUAAAGAAGCAUCAGAACAGGCUGUUAAAAGAGAACAUACGGCAUCAAAAGUAGAAACACCUGCAGCUGAUAUCUCAGAAGACACAGAAACUACUGGCCUUAAGAUUCUAGAAGCGCUGUCAGCUUCAGGUUUACGUUCUAUGCGUUUUGCUUUAGAAAUCCCUGAAGUAAAAGAAAUAGUAACAAAUGAUUACAGUGAAGCUGCUGUGGAAAUAAUAAAACACAAUGCACAACACAAUAAGGUGCAGCAUUUAAUUUCUCCAAGUUGUGCAGAUGCAGCCCUCCUCAUGUACCAGCACAGAAGCAAGAAGGACCGAUUUGAUGUUGUUGACUUAGAUCCCUAUGGCAGCCCAUCUCCAUUUCUUGAUGCAGCAGUGCAAGCUGUAACCGAUGGGGGUUUACUCUGUGUAACCAGCACUGAUACUGCUGUGCUGUGUGGCAAUAGUCCUGAAAACUGCUAUGCUAAGUAUGGCUCCAUGCCCCUCCGAGGCUCUUUCUGUCAUGAGAUGGCACUGAGAAUUGUGUUGCAAAGCAUCCAGUCCCAUGCUAGUAGAUAUUCCAGAUAUAUUAUACCCCUACUGGCAGUAAGUGUAGAUUUUUAUGUCCGAAUAUUUGUCCUUGUUUACACAGGAGCACAAAAAAUGAAGCGAUCUGCAGCCAAUAUGGGAAUGGUGUAUUUGUGCACUGGUUGUGAGACUUACAGCAUACAGAAUUUGUGCAAAGAGAUACCUACCAAGGGGAAUAAUUUCAAGUACUGCGUAGCCACAGGUCCUUCUGUAGAGGAACAUUGUGUGCACUGUGGACAUAGACAUCACAUUGGAGGUCCUGUCUGGACAGCUCCCAUACAUGAUGUGGAGUUUGUAAACAGAAUACUGAAAAGGAUACAGGGGAAUCCAGAUGCCCUAAAUACCUCACAAAGAAUAAUAGGUAUUCUCAGUGUUAUAUCUGAAGAACUCCAAGAUUCACCAUUACACUUUACUCUUGAUCGACUAAGUACAGUGGUACGGACAGUAACACCCUCGCUGGUGCAAUUGCGAUCGGCCAUAUUGCAUGCUGGGUAUGAUGUGACAUUUUCACAUACAUGUCAGGGUUCCUUGAAAACAAAAGCACCGAGUCAGGUAAUAUGGGACAUUAUGAGGUGUUGGGCAAAACAGAACCCUCCUAAAGAUGGCAAACUUACAAAGGGAUCUGCUGGUAAAGCCAUUCUAAAUAAAGCACCCCAGUUGGUGGCCAAUUUUGAACUUCAUCCCAAAGCCAACCCUAAGUCCAGAAAAGAAGGUCUGGUUCGUUUUCAGCAAAAUCCUGAACCUAACUGGGGCCCCAAACCUAUUGCAAAACCCCAAAACGAUGAGGAUGAUGUAACCCCCCUAGAGAAAAGUCGAAGAUUGCAAGGAAAGAGGAAAAGAAGGAGAGUGCAGGAAGUGAAAGUGAUUGACUACAAGAAGUUUCCCUGUAAGAAGAACCAAGAGGGGUUGUGCACACUUGGUGAGGAUUGUAAAUAUUCCCACGAUAAAGACAAGGUGGCUCGGCAGGAGGAACACAUGGAGGUGGUUCAAGGUUGUUUCAGUGAGGAUGCAAGCAAAUAAAAUAAGAAUGAUAACUAUGCAAUUUUUCUUGUUCAAGUUGCUGUCUAACCACAAAUAAAUACUAGUCAUUGGUAUAAUUGAGCAGAAUUAGCACUGAUGAUAUUGUUAACUUGCUAUUUGGAGAAAAGUGGAAUGCAUAUAGAUGUAAUUAGGCCUCUAUAAUUUAUAAAUAAAUUAAUAUAAAAUUUGUAAUAACAUGUACAGUUGACUAUACAAAAUUUCCCAAAGUAUAUGUACAAUUAAUAGAUGGAAACAAGUUGUAUACUUUGACUACAAAAAUGGGUAUCAAGACAAAAUAAUUCAAGUAAAAAUCUAAUAUUUCAGUAUAUAAUUUAGGAUGUUUAGAUUUUGAACAAAGAAUGAUAUAAAUAAAACAUCUUUAAACGAGUAUUUUUAGCUCAAUUCUUUUUCUUUUAAAUGAAUACACAGAUUAUUCCACUCCACCAGUGCAGCUGUACAAAAUGCUGUCACCAUGUUUUUAACCUAACUUUGGGAGUGUCAUUAACUUUGUC